AGAGGUCAAGCCUUCCACACUCAUACAUUAAGCCCCGAACUCAAACAUCGUAGCAGAACGCUGACCUGUCUCCGGUAGUGAAGGAAAUAGCUAACUUAAAAUCGUACAGGGUUACAGGGUUACAGUCACCACCUAAAACAUUCCGCUUCCGGGACCAGCAGGCUAUAGCGAGACGCGGCGCGGACCACGCAGAAACGCCAACAGGGCUGACUCGCGCCGCUUCCGUAGAGGAAGCUCUGGCUGGACUUAGCAGCAUCCAGCUCAAACCGGAAGUAGGGGCGGAGCUAGUAAAGCGUCGGCUCUCCGUCAACGGAAGUGGCUGUUGGAGGCUCUAAGGUAGCUUUAAAUUCCUGCUGUCUCGGGAGCUCGCCUUUUACAGUUGGAGUCGUGUUUCGUGCGACGGAUGGCGGUGGACGUGAAGUCGCGAGCAAAGCGUUAUGAAAAACUGGACUUCCUCGGGGAGGGACAGUUUGCCACGGUUUACAAGGCCAGAGACAAGAACACCAACCAAAUUGUCGCCAUUAAGAAAAUUAAACUUGGACAUAGAUCAGAAGCUAAAGAUGGUAUAAAUAGAACAGCCUUAAGAGAGAUAAAAUUAUUACAGGAGCUAAGUCAUCCAAAUAUAAUUGGUCUCCUUGAUGCGUUUGGACAUAAAUCUAAUAUUAGCCUUGUCUUUGAUUUUAUGGAAACUGAUCUGGAGGUGAUAAUAAAGGAUAAUAGUCUAGUGCUGACACCAUCACACAUCAAAGCCUACAUGUUAAUGACUCUUCAAGGGUUAGAAUAUUUACAUCAACAUUGGAUUCUACAUAGGGAUCUAAAACCAAAUAACUUGUUGCUGGAUGAAAAUGGAGUUCUAAAACUGGCAGAUUUUGGCCUGGCCAAAUCAUUUGGGAGCCCCAAUAGAGCAUAUACACAUCAGGUUGUAACCAGGUGGUAUCGGGCCCCCGAGUUACUAUUUGGAGCUAGAAUGUAUGGUGUAGGUGUGGACAUGUGGGCUGUCGGCUGUAUAUUGGCAGAGUUGCUUCUAAGGGUUCCUUUUUUGCCAGGAGAUUCAGAUCUUGAUCAACUAACAAGAAUAUUUGAAACUUUGGGCACACCAACUGAGGAACAGUGGCCUGACAUGUGUAGUCUUCCAGAUUUCGUGACAUUUAAGAGUUUUCCUGGAAUCCCGUUACAACACAUCUUCAUUGCAGCAGGAGACGACUUGUUAGAUCUCAUACAAGGCUUAUUUUUAUUUAACCCAUGUACUCGAAUUACAGCCACACAGGCAUUGAAAACUAAGUAUUUCAGUAAUCGGCCAGGGCCAACACCUGGAUGUCAGCUGCCAAGACCAAACUGUCCACUGGAAACUUUAAAGGAACAGUCAAAUCCAGCUGUAGCAACAAAACGGAAGCGAACACAGGCCUUGGAACAAGGAGGAUUACCCAAGAAGCUAAUUUUUUAGUUACAAAGAUCACUGGACAGUAU